AUGGAUGGAUCAACCAACAACCAAGGCUUGGAAUUUAGAGGCACUGCCAAUAAACUAAGGAAGCCGGCUCCAGUUCGCCCCUCGAGCAACGCUAGUCUGGAUGAUAUCACCUUCAAGUGGGCAGGAAUUGACCCCUGGGAGCACUAUCAGCAGUUAGCGACUCUGGAACCGGGACAUUACCUAGCUGUCCUCAAGAAAUACCCCUAUGAUACUGUGUUCGUCCGCCAAAGCAAAUUCCAGGAUUCCAAUCUUGUUGAUUUUAAGCACGUUAUUCAUCGAAAUAUAGUGUAUAUGGGGCGUCUAUACAUUGAAGAUGUCUAUAUCACAAUGGUUUACGAAACCACAGUAGCAUCUAUGAAAGAUAUCUUGAGUUUCCGCCCACAUUGGGGCCUUGCCGAGACCGCAGCUGUGUGCUUUGGUGUUCUAACUGCACUCAAGUACAUUCAUAGCUCACUGGGGAUCUGCCACGGUGACUUAAAGGUUGAGAAUAUACGCUUUGAUCUAUCCGGGACAGUAAAGCUGGCGAAUAUAGGAAACAGCCUACUCCGCGGAAGUAAACAGUACAGCGAUGACCUUCGCUCGCUAGCUCUCCUUGUUCGACGAUUAUCUGAGCCAGGUGCAUCCGGCGACACAUCUCUGUUAGAAUUCUUACGGGCUCUGGAGGAAGGACAACCGACAGCAGCGUUACUUGAGCUUCCUGCAGAAUAUUCAAGGCCCUGA